AUGAUUAAAAUUUUAAUAUAUUCUUUCCUAAUUUUAUUAUCACACAUUUGUUACUCACAUCCACAAAUUACCGAAUAUUAUGACAUUAACGAAGUUAACAAGUUAUCGCAGUUUGAGCUUGACAGAUCGCGCUUCGACAUAUCUCUACAGUCUAAUUUGCAGAUAUCCGAGUAUGGAUUCUUCGACUUUUCCCACCCAUUUAACGGAAGGUCGAUAAGGAUUUCAGGUAUAUUACUCCCAAGAGAUAUUGAGGUGUACCUGCGCAUCUUGUCCUCUCCAGUUCUACACAAUCCUCCAUAUAACAUAUCACUGGGACAAGAUGAAAGGCUGAUGAGACAUUUGGGCUUUGUGAAGGGAGUGGUGACGUUGCCACAAACAGGAGCAGCCUACGAAAUUAUAGAACGAAUCCUAAGAAACCAAGUAUCCUCACUAACUAGAAUAAAAGAUUUAUACAAGCCUGAGCAAACAUGGCCAACUUAUUUAGAUAACAGAGCAGCCUACACAAACCUUUGGAAACACGCAACCAACCUAUUCACAGUAAAAUUACACCCAGAGGAUAAAAUGUACUAUUACCUUGUAAACGGACAAGUGCAGGUUUUCAAGUACCACAUCUCAUUCGACAAAACGAAGUUCCAAGACCUUUGCCUCCUACUCGGAUACUGGAAUUUUGAUAACAUCUCAAUCCCAGACUAUUUAGUUAAGGAUUUUGAAGCAGAGCUUAACCACGCGGAUAGGUCCAACUACCCAGAAACCUUUUUCUCCAAAAUCGAAGACCUAGCAACUGAUCUGAACAAUAAUAAACUUUACAAAAAGUAUUUCGACCACUCCCAGAACGUUAAAGAUACGUCAAUCUUCUUUGAUGAUUUUUUUGACCUGGAUGAUCUUGAAAAUUCCUUCGUAGACUCCGAACAUAACGAAGACGAUGUCACUGAGGUUAAUUUCACGGUGAAGGAUAUAACUGAUACAGUUUAUAGUCUUGGUAAUGGAAAUGGAUUUACUAAUUACAGAAAUCCCAUGGAUGAACUCUUCACAAAUCAACAUUUGAAAACAAGUCCUGCAAAUCUGCAAAAAUAUGUUUCUGGUAAUGGUAUUACCUUUGAUCCAAACGCUAUUAAGCUCGAUUUUGAUAAAAUCGGUUCUAAAAUCUCUGAGAAUGAAACUAAAUCUAGAGAUACCAGUGAAACCAAAUCAUCGAAUAAUAAUGAAGUAAAGAAUAUAAAUAAAUUUGAAAAUAUAAGGGUCGUGAAUUGGGUUGGAGGUUUGAGUUGGGAGGAGGCGAUGAGAGUUGAAUCGAGAAGAGUAGCAAGAGUACUGAUAAAAAUACUCUAUAAGGCUACUAGAAACAUGAUGAAAUCACACAAUAUUGAUAUUUCCUCAAUUCAGAGGAAGAGAAUAAAGUUGUACAAGACAACAUUAUACUCACGCUGCGUAAAUAAGCUGAGAAAUAUGAUAAAUAACUCUAGAUUGCUGACUAAUAAAUAUGACGGAAUUUUGCUCGACGAAGAAGCCGAGGAAAUACUUUUCGAGUCUGGAUCAAAGUACAAAGUAUAUUGGAACUUUAAGAAUGACUCAUUGUACAAUAAAAGAACGGUAUCAGACCGUUCCGCAGAUCUAUCGCAACGUUUUAUUGAAGAAUUGCUCUUUGAGCCGAAUAGAUUUUAUAAUAAACUGAUCAACAUAUCCGGAGAUUCAAUUGAUUUUAAACAAGUUUAUGAUAUUUUGCUAGCCCUAACCCAGGAAACAACUGCAUAUGUUCCUAAACAUAUUUUCUCAAACACAAACAAUUACCAUUACAAUAAAACAAUCGGGUCAGGUAAUAAGUACAAAUAUGUAUAUAAUAACACAAGCGUAAAUUUUUCGAGGAGAAUUGAUACGAUGGUUGGUAAAGUUUUGGAGCAAUAUAGAAGUUUACCCUCAAACGCUAAUAACCUAUUGAGAGGAAGAGCGAAGUGUUUGAUGGCAUUUUUGUACCUCUUUGGUGUCUCAGAUUCCAAAGGGGUUGUAAAUUUCCCUCACGGAUGGCCAAGGCAUAUUAAGAAAUCAAUGACUCUUUUGAUUAGUGGAAUGUCAUCGCCAUGCGGGCUUUGCAAUACGUUGCUAGGUUUCCUGGCGUCAAUUGGCUUCCCUCCGGUCUCCAAUAACAUGUAUGCCUGGGAAACGAGGAAGAAUGACGAAGAAACUACCGUAUACCAGCUAAUAUCAGGGAACCUGUACAACUCAUUUCUUAAGUACUCAGGUUCUUCUGUUGAAAUACCUUCUUUUGACUCUUUUGACUUUAAAUCGAAAAGUUCUAAUAAUAAAUCGAAGCAAAGUGAUAAAUCAAAUUCGAAUGUUAAAAUGAAUAAUACAUCAGAUAAAUUAAAUGUAGAUGCAUCCAAUAAAAAGGAUGAAAAAGUGAACAAUGAUGAGGUAGAUGAUACUAAUAUACUAGUUGAUAGAAGCGGUUAUGACUUACCGUUGUUGUGUUAUUUGAGUGGUAGUUAUAAAAAUGACGAGUUAUCAAGUUUAGCCUAUAGCUAUUACAUUCAUAGCGGAAUUGGGAACCCAAGUAGGACUUGCCAAAAGUCUGCACAGUCUUCGAUUAACAGGUCACCAAAGAAUGUUGGAAUGAUGUGCUUGGAGGCAAUACCCUACGCUAUUGAGUCCGCAAAAUCUUCUAUGAAGAACAAACAUGACCAGUUUCAUGAUACUAGCGAUGAGUACAAGAGUAAACGUUAUGCAGAGUUCAUUAAGAAGCUUUCGCAUAUGGGAGACUCGGAUGGACUAAGGAUGAUGGGUGACUUUUAUUACACAGGUCACGAACAGGCAGGAAUUAGGAGAAAUUACCAACAGGCAAUUAACUUCUGGUCAAGAGCAGCAGAGUCAGGUGAUCCUUCAUCAGCUUUAGCAAUUGCGCAUCAUCACCUAUCCAAUUUACAAACUGAUGAUUCAGGACAUUCAGCAGUACAAGCAGAACGUUAUCUCAGAAUGGUUCUUAACUCUUCUUCACCAAAUUCGAGUGCGUUUAGUACAGCAAACUUUUACCUGUAUCGUCAUGGCCUAGGGCAGCCUCGGGACUCUGCAAUGGCUGCGAGGUAUCUUCGAGAGUCUGCAGACAGAGGUGAUGUGAAUUCGAUGGUCUUGAUGGGCCACUCUUACGCAGGGAUUCUGACAGAUGUGACACCACCUGAGGGCCGGAACAUUUUCAUGUCGUUUUACUACUAUCGCAGAGCGGCACAGUCUGGGAACAUUGUUGGGUUAUUUAACUCUGCAGUUUUCACGCUGCACGGCUAUGACCUAGAGUAUACGAGUGCUUUAGAUCGAUGCAACGAGGCGUACAAGUUGUUUUCGAGGGUCGCUAGGAUGGGCACAAUGUCGACAGCGCUCAAAGUGCUUUCGAAGAGGGCUAAGAAUAACAAUGACAAGAUCGGUCACGUGUUAAUGAAUAUGCUCCUUAGUGAGUUGGGAGACUCCAACGCGCACCGUGAGUUAUCGAAGCACUUCAAGACCAACUCAGUGUUCUGUUACACUGAAAGCCUUGACCCCGACAUCACAUCUCCAACCACACUCUUCAGUGCCAAAAAUACCAGUAACUCCAAUAACCCAGUGACGUUCAAGAACUUCCAACUCAUACAAAACCUCAUGUCAAAGUCUAACACGCCUGAACGAGACAACACGUUUUACGACGCUCAAUCAGAGGGUUUGAGUAGAGGUUCAACUUUGGGAAAUAUGGGCGCAAACACUAACUUGACUGGGACUCUCACUAACACAUCCCCUAGAGUUUCAUACCAGGACAGAAAUGAAGUCAACAGACUUACCAGGGAGAUUAGGAUGCUGAACAUGGUUAGAGUUACCGAAAUGCCGGAAGAUCCUGAGGUUGAUUUGAGGACCAGGGGACUUUGGAAUAGAGAUGAUAGCCAAAAUGUUUCCAUCUUCGAAACUAUUAUGUCUGGAAACAACAAAAAUACUUCACCAAAUACGAAAAGUCAGAAUAAUACAGCACAGUCAAAUACGAAAACUCAGAAUACCACAACAACUUCAAACACUCCUCAAGCUAGUGAGAAUGAGUUAAAUGUAACUGAGUCUGUUGUAACGGGCAUGUCGGAAAGUGAACAUGGUAAAACUGAGUCUGGAGGUUGUUAUUAUUACUACAGUAGAAGAGGAGCAUAUUCACCUCAGAAUUCAACUCCACUGUUGUUGGCGGAAGCGCUCUUGAGUGGGAAGCCUUGGCUUCCUUCCGAAGCUUUGUUUUGGGCAAAGAGAUCUAAGGAGUCUGACAGUUUAAAGGGGAGUUACAUGUACGCUACGAUGAUGGAGGCUGGACUCGGCGCACCCAAAAACUGCCAAGCAUCUUUCAAGAUAUUUAAGGAGUUCAUGUCAAGCAAGUCAAGGGGUGAGCGUAUCCUAGGACUAGUUUGCAUUCUGAGGAAUAAAAUUAUUAGCAAAGUUAGACACCCACACUUUCUAUAUACAUUUUUGGUCAAAUUUCUAUAUGACUCCUAUGCUUUUAAUAACAUCACCCACUCAUCUUACACGCCAUGCAACUACACUUUCUUCGACUAUGACCGCAUUCCACCUUCUGGGCUCAAACUACUCUCCUUCAUCUACCUUUUCAUCGUUCUCUUUACACUCAUUGUAUACUUUAAAAUCACUUCUCACUAA